GCUGCGGGUCCGGAGUUGGCGCAGUUACAUGACGUCAGGCGUCGCCGCCGAAGCCGCCUACGUGCAGCUGCCAUCCCUGCCUCUGGGAGUUGAAGUUUCCGAAGGAGGCCUCGUGAGGGUACCAAGACCACUCCAGAAGGGCUUUCUGCGCGUGCUCUCAGGUUCCCCGGAAACCCCUCGGCUCGAAUCCCGUUCUGAAAUAUUUGCGGCACAGGGUUGGAUGAAUGAAUAUGUACUGCAUGUGAAGCAGGAAUGCAAAGCUCUGCCACGGAGCUUAUAAACUGGACAAAACCGAAAUAGGAAAGCAGGCAUACCUGAGGCAUCAAAUAAUGUCAUCUGAAAUGGUGCCAGCAAUUAUUGAGACUUCUAAUGUUGAAAGAAAGCAAGACUUAAGUGAAGAUCAAGAGGAAAGUCAGAAGCCAAGAUUAGAUGAAGAGUUUGAACCAAUAUCUAAACGACAAAUGAAAAAGCUAAUAAAACAGAAACAAUGGGAAGAACAACGAGAACUCCGCAAUUAUUUCAAUACUGAUUUUAGACAAAAGAGGAAGGAAAAACGCAAGAGAAAACAAUUGGAGCGGCAGUGUCAACUGGAAUCAAACUCAGAUGGAAAUGAUAGAAAACGUAUUCGAAGAGAUGUUGUUCACAGCACACUUCGCCUUAUCAUUGACUGUAGUUUUGACAGCUUGAUGGUAUUAAAGGACAUUAAGAAACUUCAUAAGCAGAUUCAACGAUGUUAUGCAGAAAAUCGACGAGCACUGCAUCCUGUGCAGUUUUACUUGACAAGCCAUGGAGGCCAGUUGAAAAAGAACAUGGAUGAAAAUGACAAAGGAUGGGUCAACUGGAAGGAUAUCCACAUUAAACCAGAACACUAUAUUGAAUUCAUAAAGAAAGAAGAUCUGAUUUAUCUUACAUCAGAUUCACCUAAUGUACUGAAGGAAUUAGAUGAAUCAAAGGCUUAUGUGAUUGGAGGAUUAGUAGAUCACAACCAUCAAAAGGGACUCACAUAUAAACAAGCAUCAGAUCAUGGAAUUGAUCAUGCACAGCUACCCCUUGGAAAUUUUGUGAAGAUGAAUAGUAGAAAAGUUUUGGCAAUUAAUCAUGUGUUUGAGAUUAUUCUGGAAUACCUGGAAACAAGAGACUGGCAAGAAGCAUUUUUUACUGUCUUACCUCAAAGGAAAGGAGCUGUUCCCACAGACAAAACCUGUGAAAGUUCUUUGCAUGACAAGACGUCUGCUAGGGUUGAAGGUGGAUUGGACAGUGAUUCCAGUGAGGAAGAAACUAGCAGAAAUGAACUAGAUUCACCACAUGAAGAAGAAAAGCAGGAUAAAGAAAAUAGCACUUAAUCUACAGUGCACUCUACACCAUAGGAAUGUCAUCUGGGUUUUUUUGUGUGUGUGCAUUUUUUUUUUCUGGUUAAGGAAAAACUAGGAGAAAAUGAGGUGCUUCAUAGAAUAUUCAAAUUGGAAGAAAAUUUUAUUUUUUGUUAUUUCUGUUGUGAAUAUUAUAGAGUGGAUAAACUUAUAGAGUGGAUAAAAAGUCCUUCUAAGAAAGUACUUUUUGUUUUUGUAUAAGAUUUAAAAAAGAUGUAAUUUUUAAAAAUAGUUUUCUAAGCCUCAAAUAAGUUUUUUUGAGGAUUUUACUUUAAUAGUAAAUCUUCAUUCUCUUAUUUACUGGGUUGUAUUAUUCAGAAUGUGCCUUCUGAUCCUUUAGUUUUAUUAUUUUAUGUUUAUAUCAAUGUCUUUCUGAUUUAUGCCUAUUUGUGGAAGCAGAUAUUCACAAAUUUCCUGUAAGUGCACCAUUUUCAGUAUGGGAAAUGUAUUUGCAACUUUUAUAUUCAACUUAAUAACUUCAAGGGAAUAUUGUGAUUUUAGGAAAAAGUAUCUGAUCGAUAUACUCUACAAUUUAUUUCUUUUGUACUAUGGACUUGUCUCUAUUUCUGCCUCUUGGUGGUUCUAAUGUAAUCACUGAAGAAUUAAUCUAAUAUAUUUUUAUUUUAUUUUUUUAAUAUAUUUUUUAAUUCAAACAAUGGUGGUAAAUUAUUUCAAUUACAAACUUAAUUUUUCAGGCUAGACUAUAUUAAAAGGCCAUUGAAGGAUCAAUUUUAUCUUUACUUAAAAAGAAAUAGCUCUCAGCAGCUAUCUUUUCGUUCCAUAUAAACUUUUUAAAGUUUUUUUGAAAAUCGGUUGAUUUUUAAAGUAAAUAAAUUUAUAUGUGCAUCUGCCUACUAUCAUAAGCAAGCUAAUGUAAAUGUAUAUUUCUGUAACUAAUAUAAGCAUGUAUGAAAAUAUUCAUAUACUGUAUGUACAUGUUUGUCCACAUCAUGUAUGAUUCCUAUUUAACGAUAAACAGGAUUGAGUUGCCAUA